CUUUUGAGAUUUUUAAACGUUAAUACAGGUUGCUCAUGAAGAGAGGUGCCUGGUGCUGAUAAAGGGAAUGACACAGAUAAGUUUUAUGCUGAACAUGUGCACUCAGCACACCCGUCCAGACAAACCACACCCACUUUAUGGGUUCAUAUCUACGGUACUGUUGUUUUACUGCCCGUCCAGUGUUAACCAUCCAGGUCCAAAGAUUGCUGCAGUGUACUCAAGCGCUCAGCAGGGAGGCCCACGGGGAUCCCAGCUCUUCGGUUCUGAACCCGAAACCUUGACCGGCGGCUCCUCUCUCACCACCUCCUCCAUCCUUUGUGUCUUUGGUCCAGCUGGGGGCCCCAGCAGGAAACCCAAGUUCUCUAUUCAAGUGUGAAAGUGCAAAAUGAAGAAACGGAGCUAAAGAUGGUGUCAGCAGUGUCCUUCUUUGGCCGCCUAUGUGGGCGACAGAAGAAGAAAGAGGAGGAGAGACGCCUGCGAGCCAACGACAGACAUUUCAACCUGUCUUACCGCUACGCCGACAACGCCAUCAGGACAUCCAAAUACAACGUCUUCACCUUCCUGCCACUGAACCUUUUUGAGCAGUUCAGGAGGCUCGCCAACUGUUUCUUUCUCUUCCUCUUUACACUGCAGCUAAUCCCACAAAUCUCCUCGCUUGCCUGGUUCACCACCGCUGCCCUUCUCACCGUGGUGCUCUCCAUAACAGCGGUCAAAGACGCCACGGACGACAUAAACAGACACAGAAGCGAUAAAGAAGUCAACAACCGUGAAGUGAGCGUCCUCAUCAAUGGCGAACUUCAGAGGGAAAAGUGGAUGAAUGUUCAAGUUGGAGAUGUUGUUCAACUGGAAAAUAACCAGUUUGUCACAGCAGACCUUCUUUUGCUCUCCAGCAGAGAGCCUCUCAAUCUGGUCUACGUUGAAACAGCAGAACUAGACGGUGAAACCAACCUGAAGGUCAAACAGGCUCUGACUGUCACUGGACAGCUGGGAGGCGCCACUGAAGUGCUGGCCAGCUUCCACGGUGAAGUGAGAUGUGAACCUCCAAACAACCGACUGGACAAAUUUAAAGGGACCCUGAGAGUGGAUGGACAAACGUACUCUUUGGACAACGACAAAGUGCUGCUGCGAGGAUGCACUGUGAGGAACACAGAGUGGUGCUUUGGACUGGUCAUCUUUGCAGGUCCUGACACCAAGCUGAUGCAGAACAGCGGAAAAACGACGUUCAAGCGGACCGGCAUUGAUCACCUCAUGAAUGUUUUGGUGCUUGGUAUCUUUGUCUCCCUGCUGGCCAUGUGCUCCAUCCUGGCCGUCGGUCAUGCCAUCUGGGAUACGAAGGAGGGCUCAGCCUUCACUGUGUUCCUCCCCGGAGAACCUGGCGUUGAUGCUCCUCUCUCAUCGUUCCUCACCUUCUGGUCCUACGUCAUCCUUCUCAAUACGGUGGUGCCCAUGUCUCUCUUUGUCAGCGUGGAGGUCAUCCGUCUUGGGAAUAGCUUCUACAUCGACUGGGACAGGAAGAUGUAUUACCCCAAGUGUGACACUCCUGCUCAGGCGAGGACCACCACUCUGAACGAGGAGCUGGGUCAGAUCAAAUACAUCUUCAGUGACAAGACGGGCACCCUGACGCAGAACAUCAUGACAUUCAAUAAGUGCUCCAUCAAUGGCAGAAAUUACGGGGAACUGUUAGACCUUUCAGGACAGAAGAAGGAAGAGGUCGAUUUCUCGUGGAACCAGCUGGCCGAUCCAAAGUUCACGUUUCAUGACCAGAGUCUGGUGGAAACCAUCAAGGAGGGCAACACGGAGGCUCAGGCCUUCUUCCGUUUACUGGCUCUGUGCCACACGGUGAUGCCCGAGGAAAAGACAGAAGGGGAGCUCUUCUAUCAGGCUCAGUCCCCUGAUGAAGGUGCUCUGGUCACCGCCGCAAGAAACUUUGGAUUCGUGUUCCGCUCACGCACCCCGGAGACCAUCACGGUCAUGGAGAUGGGCACCUGGAUCACCUACGACCUUUUGGCUGUGUUGGACUUCAAUAAUGAGCGCAAGAGGAUGUCAGUCAUAGUUCGUACCCCUGAGGGGAGGCUGACUCUGUACUGCAAAGGAGCAGACGCCAUCAUCUAUGAGAGGCUGCACUCCUCCUGCAGCAAACUGAUGGGCGCCACCUCGGAACAUCUCGACGAGUAUGCAGGCGACGGGCUUCGCACUUUAGUCCUGGCUUACAAGGAUUUGGACGAGCGCUACGUGAAGGAGUGGAUGCGGCGCCACCACAAGGCCAGCAUCACCGUUGACGGAAGAGAUGAGAAACUUGAUCGACUGUAUGACGAGAUUGAGAAAGACUUGUUGCUUCUGGGAGCAACGGCUGUAGAAGACAAGUUGCAGGAUGGUGUCCCACAGACCAUAGAGCAGCUGGCUAAGGCUGACAUCAAAAUGUGGGUGUUGACUGGUGAUAAACAAGAGACAGCUGAGAACAUUGGCUAUUCCUGCAACAUGCUGCGAGAAGAGAUGAAGGACGUGUUUGUUGUGUCUGCAAGUACAGCAGAAGGAGUCAAAGAAGAGCUACGGAGUGCAAGAAAGAUCAUGUGUCCCACAGCAGCAGAGGAACCAACAGUGACCAAAGCUCGAGCAGGCCUCUUUUGGCUUCAGAAGACAGACACCGUGCAUGACGACCAAGUGGAGGGAGAAUAUGCUCUUGUCAUGAAUGGACACAGUCUGGCCUUUGCCUUGGAGAAAGACUUGGAGUUGGAACUGCUGAGGACGGCAUGCAUGUGCCAAACAGUGAUUUGCUGCAGGGUCACUCCGCUACAGAAAGCCCGAGUUGUUGAACUGGUGAAGAAAUACAAGCAGGCAGUCACAUUGGCCAUCGGGGACGGGGCCAACGACGUCAGCAUGAUCAAGGCUGCACAUAUUGGCGUUGGUAUCAGCGGUCAGGAGGGCAUGCAGGCUGUUCUGUCCAGCGAUUACUCCUUUGCCCAGUUCCGCUACCUGCAGCGCCUCCUGCUGGUGCACGGGCGCUGGUCCUACCUGCGCAUGUGCAAGUUUCUACAGUAUUUCUUUUACAAGAACUUUACCUUCACCUUUGUGCACGUCUGGUAUGCCUUCUUCUGCGGGUUCUCGGCACAGACGGUGUAUGACCAGUGGUUUGUCAGCAUGUACAACGUACUCUACACACUUCUCCCAGUCGUUGGCAUGAGUCUCUUUGACCAGGACGUGAAUGACCGCUGGAGUUUCCAGCAUCCUCAGCUUUACUCGUCGGGGCCUCUGAGCGUUUACUUCAACAAGAAGUCCUUCGUCCGCUGCGUGAUGCACAGCUGCUACAGCUCCCUCGUCGUCUUCUUUAUCCCGUGGGCGGCCAUGCACGACACAGUGCGAGAUGACGGCAAAGACGUUGCGGAUUAUCAGUCCUUUGCGCUACUGGUGCAGACGUGUCUCCUUAUUGUGGUCAACAUGCAGCUUUGUCUAGACACUUACUACUGGACAGCUGUGAACCAGCUCUUUAUGUGGGGCAGCCUGGCAAUCUACUUCGCCACCACGUUCACCAUGCACAGCAACGACAUGUUCUUCAUCUUUGCCUCCGUAUUUCCCUUCGUCGGUACAGCUCGGAGCUCCCUCAACCAGCCUAACGUAUGGCUGACUAUAUUCUUGACAUGCCUCCUUUGUGGUUUGCCGGUGAUGGCCUGCCGUUUCAUGAUCCUUCAGCUUAGACCCACCAUCAUCGACAAGGUGAGACAUAAGGUACGUACGGAGACGUUGCCUGCUCCCGAGCCUCGCCGUCCACCAGCAAGGCGCACCAGCACUCGGCGGUCCAGCUACGCCUUCUCUCACACUCAGGGCUACGGUGAUCUGGUCACGUCCCGGAGAUUCCUGCUGAAACGCCCCUUAAAAAGUCGGCCCGCCCUGUUCGAUAAGAUGGGUUCUCCUCUGGCGCAGAACCAGCCAACCAUGACAGAGGAGUUCAGGCUUCAGUUUGCUGGAAAUCCAUUAUAAGACAUGACGACACCCCUCCUUAUCCGCUCCCAUAAAGUCACCAAAA